GGCGGGCGGGAGGCGCAGUGGGCGGCCGGGGCCAUGGUGGAGCCGGACGAGGCGCCGUUGCUGUUCUGGGCCGAGGGCCCCGGCGUGGCCCUGCCCGAGCCCGGCCCGGAGGCGCAGGGCAGCAGCGGCUGGAGCCUGGCCCCGUGGGGCGGCUCGGCGGCGGCGCGGGAGGCGGAGGAGGACCAGAUUGUGGCGGUCUUCGUGGUCACCUUCGACCCCCGCAGCGGUAACAUGGUAGAAUGGUGUUUGCCCCAGGACAUUGACCUGGAAGGUGUAGAGUUCAAAUCCAUGGCAAGUGGGUCCCACAGAAUCCAGUCAGAUUUUAUUUAUUUCCGGAAGGGGCUUUGCUUUGGGCUGGCCUGCUUUGCAAACAUGCCUGUGGAGAGUGAGCUAGAGCGUGGUGCCCGCAUGAAGUCGGUGGGGAUUCUUUCUCCGUCAUACACCCUGCUUUAUAGAUACAUGCACUUUCUGGAGAAUCAGGUCCGACACCAGUUAGAGAUGCCAGGACAUUACUCCCACCUAGAAGCAUUUUAUGAUGACAAGAAGGGGGUUCUCUCUGCUGGCAAGGGCAGCCUAACUUCUCAGCAACCUGUCCACUGGCUGCCAUCCAUCCACAGAUACAUGUACCCAGAGAUGAAGAUCACACACCCAGCUGGCUGUAUGUCUCAGUUCAUUAAGUUCUUUGGCGAGCAGAUCCUCAUCCUCUGGAAGUUUGCCCUGCUUCGCAAGCGCAUUUUGAUAUUCUCACCACCACCAGUGGGAGUUGUUUGCUAUCGAGUGUAUUGCUGUUGUUGUCUUGCCAACGUCUCCCUGCCUGGUAUUGGGGGAAGUGUUCCAGAGUCCAAACCUUUCUUCUACGUGAAUGUGGCAGACAUAGAAAUGUUGGAGACAGAAAUGUCAUACGUGGCCUGUACAACAGAAAAGAUCUUUGAGGAAAAGCAUGAUCUCUAUGAUGUCUAUGUGGAUAACCAAAAUGUGAAGACGCACCGUGAGCACCUGCAACCGCUGCUGAAGAUUAACAGUGCUGAUAAGGAGAAAUACCGACGGCUCAAUGACCAGAGGCAGAUGUUGCUAUAUUCUCAGGAGGUGGAUGAGGACUGCAGCUCCUGUGAAGAGGACCUCUUCAUCUUAUUUUUCAUGGAGCAGAACAAUCGGAUAUUUCAGACGCUGAUGGAGGUGUCAGCCAGCCAGGACAAGACCUUGACCGCUGACCAUGCCCGGGGCAUGGGUCUGGACCCCCAGGGGGACCGGAGCUUCCUAAUGGACCUGCUAGAAGUGUAUGGCAUUGAUGUGAUGCUAGUCAUCGAUAACCCCUGCUGUACUUAAACUGAGGGUGGCAGAGACGGGAGCAGAGAUGGCUUUUUAAAGACUACAGGACAUUGCGUAAGAGCAUCACUGGAACUCAGCAGAGCCACUGGAAGGAUCUUUUAUUUAAUAACUUUAUACAAGGAAGUAUUUAUAAUUUUAAACAAAAUGUGAUUUUAUUUUCCUUUUGCCAGAAGUGACUGCUCAAGGUUUGGUUUUGUUUUUCCUGGUAUCUAUAGGACCAGUGGCCUCUUCACCAACCCUCACAGUUGCCGGUGUGGACAUCUGAGGGCUGGAAAUUUCAGGAAAGCACUUUCUCUUGUGGGGACCAAUGUGAAAUGAUGCAUAUUUGAGCCUUCAGGACUUGUCUGUGGAGAAUACCCCCUCCAGGGGAGUAUCCCAUAGUCAGCACGGGAUCUGGUGCUCCAGUGUCUUGAAUCUUCUGUCCCACUAUGCUUCUCAUUGGGGACCAGUCAGUUAAUCAUGCAGAAUUACACUUCUUACCCCCUAUCACCUGGCUGUUUCAGCAGCUGAGUUAGGAUAAAACGAGUAUUGCCAGCUGUGGCAAAAGUAAGUGGUUAAAAGUAUAGCUAUGCUACAGGAUCACUUGAUCAUCUCAGAAUCUGGACUGGCAGGGGGGGCAUGGGUUCAAGUGCUAGACAUAAAGAGGUGCAGUAAUCUGGAGCUGACCCUUCCCAUAUCAUGGCUGCUGGGAAGGGACAGUCUCUUUGCCUAAAGAUUUACUUUAACCCCUUUGUGUUAGUUGCAUGGAUCCUGUUUUGGUUAAAUGUUUCAAACUGGACAGUCUUCUGCCAGCCCCAAAUAGUGACCAAUAUCCCAAAGGCACCUGGCACAUAUGUUCUGCAUGGCAGGGCUGGCUUGUUUGAGGGAAACUUGGCUCUGACUAGGGUAGUCAGUCCUUCACCCCUAACAGAUGAGUGCAGAACUCGGGGGGGAGGGGGGGUGGGUUCUGCUGCUUAGACCAGCUCCCUCUCAUUGUGCCAUGGGUUUGCUUCAGCUUGUGCUUGCCCUGUCUUGUCACUCAUCCCUCCGCUUGAACAUUCAGUAAGUGGGUUCUUUGUCAGGCAGCUGUCCGCAUAUAGCAAGAGGAUGUACUUGUCUGUCAACGUGCUGUGUACUGGGUUUCAGCCAUGGUGCAAGGCUGAUUUUGUUGUUCUCUGGCAGCUUUGAGUUCUCUUCCAGUUCACAUGCCUGAGGGAGAGAUGUACAUGUGGGAGACUAGGGGCCAAAUCUUCCUGCCCUCUACCUCCUGUGCACAAGGAUUGCAGCUCUUAAAUUACAAAAAAGGGCUGGAUAGUUUGUGUGGGACCAUAUGGCCCCUCAUGAAAGGCUCGCCCCUGAGCAGGAUAGGGUCACUGUCCUCCAUUUGCCAGACUUGAAUGUGUUUAACUCUGAGCCAAUGGCGUAACUUGCUGCUUUGCAGCACACAUUCUUAUAGGCCCUAAACCUGCUUGCAUGCAAGCUGAGCCAAUGACUUGUCAGUUUACCUGUGUACGUGAAGCCAGGUAUGCAAUGCACUCGUCUACCUUGCUUAAACUAGGGCCAUGGCAGUCAUGGGGAUGGGGCCUUUUUUUCCUAUGACGGACAUCAGCAGCUGGGCUAUCUUGCAAGCUGUAGUCGAGUGGGCUGGCUGUACAACGACUGUGGAAACGUUACCCAAUUGCUGGCAAAUGGAGUGGACACUUCAUUCCAUUCCUCCUAACUGGGCCAAAGUUGGGCCUGAACUCCCUACAUUUUGUUCAACUCUUUUUUUUUUUUCUUUUUGACUGACUUGUCUGCACUCCCUUACCAGUUUCAGCAUUGGUUUCACCCAUGGUAAUUUGGAAGUGAGAGAUGGGCACAUCUCACCUUCCUGUGAGGGCUGUCUCCAGCAGAUGUCUGCUUCUGUUUGGGACUCAGAAGUUGCUUUCCCUUUUUUCUUCAUGCCAGGCAGAUUAGGGAUUAGGUUUGAGGAAGAGGGGAAAUGACCCAGCACAUGUAAAAUAAGUCCUCACAGUACUGACUGGGUUGCUUUUCACAAGUAUAAAUAGCACUUUAUAUCCUCUGUGCAGUGUGCUACCCCUUGGUAGAGUCUUUUGUCUGCUUUUCCCAAGGCUUUGAAUAUUCUCUUAUAGGAGAACACUUGUACUAUCCCUGUUCCUGCAUCUGUAUAGCAUUAAUCUUUACAAGGCUAGAUUUGGAAAAAAAAAAAAAAAAGACUGAAACAAGAAACAGGAACUGAGCUAGAUGUAAUUAAAGAGUCCUUUUUUCUUUUUUUUAGAGGGUGGUUCUGUCCUGAGUUGACCUUUGAUGUAGAACUGACCCAUGCAUUUCAUAAUUUUAUGUCUAUCCUGACCGUAUGCCUCAUUUAUAACCAUCCUCAUGGAGGCACUUCUGCAAGGAGAUAUCACAGAAACAAGUUGGAAUUGUAACUCAUUUUUGGAUACAGACAUAACGCAAUUGAAAAUCUCAUUAAUUUCUCCUGCUAUUUUACUUGACUCUUGCUCUGGCCAGCUGUUAAGGGCGCUCUGCUCCUGCCCCCAAAGUCUGGUUCUACUGUUAACUUGAGCAGGUCUUUAAUUGUAUCUUAGGGAUUUUACUGCCCUCUGCGAUCUGAGUCUUUCUAACAAGUUGCUGGGCAGUAGCAGGGCAGUGUGUGUUCAUGAGCUGUCAGGAUGUUGGUUCUAUCAGACAGUACUGCUAAAAUGGACUGAGAAGAGCCUGCUGAAAUGAUGAUUUCACAUCUAUUUACUUGCCUCCCAUAACCUCCACUUUUCAGCAGCUAUUAGUGGGGCCAUUAGACUUCCAAGAUACCGAGAUAAGUGUGGGUGCUGGAACAAGUGGAUGAUAAAUGUAAGUCUGCUGCUGUUCCAUCCCAGCUGGACAAGUACAGCCACUGCUGCCUUUGUAAUUUGAAUUUCUUCUCUUAAAAGGCAGCCACUGCAGCAGGUAAGAGGUAUUUACACAGGAGGGGCUCUUUGUUGCGCCCUACUGUCUCUAUUUACUGCGUGGGCAAGGGGGUAGGAGGAGAUUGCUACCCAAUAUCAAGCUGUGCCGUGACUUACCUGCUUUUGCCUCCCUGAGAAGCAUACAUAUAGCAUCUUUGCAGAGCUGUUGUUGCUUUUACCAACACUAGGGCAUGUGAUAGCUUGAUCUGUUAAGAUCUGCUUAGCAGGCUCGUUUUGGCUUCUGACCUUAAAUACAGCGCACUGUAGCAUAUGUUGCUUUUAUGUCAAAGGCAAUAGGACUAACCUCUCUCCUGAGCAUAAAGUCUACCCUGGAGAAUGCAGCUAAUACCUCCUUUUCCUGUUCUGUCAAUUUAUUUGUAAAAUCACUGCAGCUAAAGGAACACUGCUGGAGGGAGAGGAAUGGAGAACAGUAAGCUGAUCAGUUUGACUAUUUUGACUGAUAAAAAAGGAUAUGAAGAGUCUUCUCCCUCUUUCAUCUGAAAUACUUUGCCUUUAAAGCAGUGCCUUUUAGGUUUUAAUGUGAUGGUGGCUAUGAUGUAAUUGUACAGUAGAUAUAAUAUUACUCCCUCACUGCAGAGAGGUUGUAAUACCUGGAGUGAUUUAAUGCAGUGCCCUCUCCCUCAAUGUUGUAAUGUCUCUAAACAACCACACUCUCUAACCACCCUGCUUUAGCAGCACCUAUUCAUGUCUGAGCUCAGAGGAGAGAGCAAUGGCUUUUACUGCUAAAUAACAUAGUUCUACAGCAGCUUCCUAAAUUUAUUGUUGGCUCUGAACAUGUACGUGACAACUGGUUUCUCAUUAUUUUCCCUCCCACUCACAGCUACAAUGCGGGCUUCACCCUUGCAGCGAGGGAGUGGAACAUAAUUAAAUUUUUCAAGACUUAUGUGAAGAAUGGGACUUUCUUAGUAUUAAACCAACUCUGGUAGAUUACGAUCUACUCCAAACUUGCUUAAACCAGUAAACAUUUUCCACUGACUUAUUGGCUUUGGGCAAGGCCUUUAGAGAGGGCAAUUGUAGGUAAGCCUAGGAAAACUGCCCUAGCUAAUAGGUGUCACCUGUCUGUGUCCACCUGUCAUGAGCUUUAGCAUAAAUAUUGGGUAAAGAGGCAUUUUUACUGAACUACUGAUCUCUGCAUUUGUCUCUAAGACCUGCUGAGAGUACCACUCCCUCUUCCAGACCAUGGUGAAGGAGCUGCUUUCUGAGCCUGUUGGAAUGGAGGGGUUACUACUGAAAGAAACACCUUUUUUCCUUUUGCCAGUGUUUGGAAGGGGCAGAGCAGUAUUCACAAGAGUGUAAGAGUAAUAAGACUUUUACUUUCUUUAAAAAGGAAACAACAUUCUACAGUCCACUUCAAACAAAUCAGUCCACUGUGUUCUGCAAAGCCCUUACACUCUGCCAGUAAAGAGCUGGGAAAGGGAACAGACUCCCGGUUGUCGCAUUGCUCCUGUUGUACACAGCUCUAUUGUUUCUUACAUUUCAAGUAGCCCUCUUUGCAUAGCUCGAUGGUGCUUCCUCUAUUCUUUUGGAUCAAGAAUAAUUUAUAUGGCCAAGACUGGGCUGAGAUGACAGUGGAAUAGAGGCCCUCUUCAUCUCUUACAGUCUGCUGUAGAUGUACUAUUUGCUGUACCAGGGCAGGUGUGGUUUGUAAAACAGCAGGUCAGUAGUACUCCACCAGUUGCAGCUGUCUGAUUCAAACUGUGCAUGCUAACCCUACCUCUCCCACACUUGCUGUUGCUUCAGAGAUUCUGGUAGCUCAUUGUCCUUUCCCAGCCAACGGUCUCGUGACAGCAGGAAGGGAUAAUGCUGCUGUGUUUUGUGAGAUGGACUGGAAUGUACUGAUGCUUCUUUUUAGGGUGAUGCCCUGGCUUUACAACAGUAGAAUCUGGAUUGCGGGCUCUGUUGACCAGAACCUGCCAUCCAGCUGGAAACAUUAAAAUACACUGUGUUUAGGUUGGUCCCUCUGAGGACAUGCAAUGCUUUCCUAUAUUAUAGGUCCCAUCUUUGUAAUGAGCUAUGUACAUUUUAAUAAUAGCAGGUGAAAUCCUUAUUGCACUGAAGGCAGUGGGAUGCAUCAGUGGAGCCAAAAUAUCAUUCCACAGACCUGUCUUACAAGUUUACACUCUGAAAAGAACAUGCACACUUCUCUCCUACCCAAAACAAACAAAAGAACGGUGCUACUUAUCUAUCAUAGGUAGAUGGGUCCAGUCACUGCAGUAGCUAAGCACCUUGCUAGCUUGAACGUAUGCAUCCUCAAAACACUCCUGUGAGGUAGAGAAGUGCUGUUACCACAGUUCAUGUCGGGUAGGAGGGAAGAGCAGAAGCCUGGAGUUGCUUGGAUUUGCCUGCAUUCAAUUUUUCCCAGCAUAAUGAUGUGUUCUUAGGAGCAUGAAAAAAAUUGCCCCCUACCUGGAAGAGUUGUACCCCCAUAUUGAAAAAGCCUUUGGCACAGCUUAAUCCAUUCAGGAAGCUUCAUGUGUACCAGCAUACAUGCUCUCAGCUCUACAGCUGUGCCAGCAACCCCUUUUAAGUGUAGACAAGCUCAAAAGUCUAAGGUCAUACAGGAAUGGUGGCAGAACAUGGAGUUGAACUUGACUCUUCUGAAUUACUACCCUAAAGACCAGAGGGCCAUCUUGACACGCUGCCUUGUGUAUUCUCACUAACCAGGUAGCUGCUACCUUACCAAGGUUGAAAAAGGUUUUAUUAUUUUUGGCUGGUUUUUUUCAUACUCACUGGAGCACUGACCUGCAGCCAUCCAUUGUGUGUGCCUGUUGCUGCAGCAGGAGAGGCUGUGCUGCUGACCCUAGGAAGGCCAGGUGCUCUUUACCCUAGCAUAACUGAACUGGAAGCUAGUUCCCAUGGCAGCCAGGUCAUCUCACUCACAGAGCUGCAAAGGAGCACUCUGCAUUUAUGCCUUGACUAGUUAAAGCAACAGUUUUCUCUCAGUGGGAAGAACAGCACUAGCUUCACAACCCAGAGUUGUUCCCAUAGGACUGACCCCAUCUGAUGAUGGAGCCAAGAGAAGCUUGCUUACUAAAACUUGGUUUGGUUUUGUUCCAUUUGUUUUUACUAUUAAAGCUCACAUUUUAACAGCC